AUGGUCAGUUUUUAUCGAUUGGCUAUCCUAUGUGUUAUUGCAAUCAUCUUUGGUGUGUUUAUGUUUUUCGCUGUCAUUUGGGAACCUUAUUGUUUUUUUGUCAAACCAUAUUACUCAAAUGAUCUAUCUACUUUAAUAACGUCAGAUAUCUAUACAGUUGGAUCUUCCAACAGUUCGUCAGAUAGCAAAGAUUUGAUAGUAAUGUUGGUGCCAAGCAUUUCAUCCGAACUUAUCCGUCGUUUAGAACUCAUCGAUGUCAAUUUUGAUGAUAAUUUUUCGACCAAUCUUCUUCUACUGCUUGGCAACGAUCCGUAUAGAUUCAGCCUUCAGUAUUUAACUAAACGAAUUAAACGGAAAGUUUUAUUCUUAAAUGUCGGUGUACUUUUUAAUCUCUUCCCUUCCGGAUUCGAUCCAUGCAGAACUCAAACAUCGUAUCGUGUGCGAGGAAAAUGGAACUAUCUAAUGAUGAUUCGAUUUUGGUUCAAACAUCUUUUUGAACUACCACAACUGAAAAACUACGAGUAUAUCAUGAGACUCGAUGAUGAUUCAAAAAUGACCGGUCAUUGGAUUAAUGCUUUCGAUGAAAUGCGUCGAAGAAAAGCUGUCUAUUUCGCGAAUAAUGUUGAUAUUGACAUCGAAGAGCAAUUACCUGGUACAAUGAAAUUGAAACAAGUCACAUAUGAAUAUCUCAAACAAAAUCAUAUAGAACCAAAACAACCUCAAGUGCUACGCGACGCUUUUGGAAACAAUACAGUUCGAAAUUAUUACAACAAUUUUGAAAUCAUCAAAAUGAAAUUCUUCCGACGGAAAGAAAUACGUCAUUGGAUUGAAAGCAUCGAUUCGACCAAUGGAAUUUUUCAUUAUCGAUGGGGCGAUGCUAUAUUACGAUAUCUGACAUUUGCUAUAUUUGCUAAAUCACGUCAAGUUUUACAUAGACCUGAUUAUAAUCUUUCUUAUUGUCAUAAAUGUCCUUGA